CGGCUACAAUGCAACAGCGCGAUCUGCAGUGACUUUGGAAAGUGCGCUGUCAUAUACAAGGUGCUUCAAUGCACUGGUUUCGACAAAUGGCUGAUCAUGGGGAAUAGUGAAUCUCAUUCGAGGGGUGCUCUUCCGUGCACCACCGUUCUCCCUGUCCGUCUGACGAAGAAAAUGAAGACGUUCAUUAGCGAGCAAGACGAAAUCGGCAACCCUCCGCGUCUGAUCUUGGUAAACCAGAAGAAACAUUCUUCGAUUCCGGCUCCAAGGCGUGGU